UGAGUUACGAAUAUUAAGCUGUUCCGUGCAUCGCGUUGUUCCCUCUCUCCGGGAAUCUGGCCUCGCCUGGAUCGCUCGUGGCCGCCACCCGCCACCCCAGACGAGCCAGCUCGAGCUUGAGCUCGGAUCCAUCUAUCCAUCCAUCCAUCCAUCCAUCCCCACGCCCUUCCGCCCUCGACGCUCUCCGUGGUGGAUCCAUUCAGCCCUUUUUUGUUUCCGCCCUGCGCCCGUGUCCGUCAGUCAGUCCGUGGGACUCGGGUCGGUCGAGUACAAACAGGGGGAAGGCGGUCCAUCCGUCAAGUAGUCCGUGUGUACAAGGGUGGGGGCGGAUCACCGUGGGCCAUUCUCUUCCGGAUUUCCUUUCCGGAUUUGUUCAUCAUCACGGUCCACUGAGUGAAAUUCAACUCGACCAUGGCCAAUCACGGUAGCAUGAUGCCCGGCCACUCAUUGGAUGACAUUGACUUGGCCGCUCUCAAGGACCCCGCGGGUAUCUUUGACCUGAUCGAAGUGGUGGGCAAUGGCACUUAUGGUCAAGUCUACAAAGGCCGACACACCAAAACCGGACAACUGGCCGCCAUCAAGGUUAUGGAUGUGACCGAAGAUGAGGAGGAAGAGAUCAAAUUGGAAAUCAACGUGUUGAAAAAGUACUCCCAUCACCGAAACAUUGCCACUUAUUAUGGCGCUUUUAUUAAGAAAAGUCCGCCCGGCAAAGAUGAUCAGUUGUGGCUAGUCAUGGAAUAUUGCGGAGCUGGAUCCGUCACAGACAUCGUCAAGUCCACCAAAGGUCAGAGCCUCAAAGAAGACUGGAUCGCAUAUAUCUGUCGGGAGGUCCUGCGUGGUCUGACCCAUCUCCACGCUUGUAAAGUCAUUCAUCGUGAUAUCAAAGGCCAGAAUGUGCUCCUCACUGACAAUGCCGAGGUCAAACUGGUAGAUUUUGGGGUCAGUGCUCAGUUAGAUCGCACGAUUGGCCGAAGGAAUACCUUCAUUGGCACACCUUAUUGGAUGGCUCCAGAGGUGAUCGCUUGUGACGAGAAUGCCGAUGCAACGUACGACAACCGCUCAGAUCUGUGGAGUCUAGGGAUCACGGCUUUAGAAAUGGCCGAAGCACAACCUCCCCUCUGCGAUAUGCAUCCCAUGAGAGCAUUGUUUCUCAUUCCGCGAAAUCCGCCGCCCCGACUCAAAUCCAAGAAGUGGAACUCCAAGUUCAAGAAUUUUAUCGAGACCACCCUUAUCAAGGAUUAUCACCAGCGACCCUAUACCGACCAGCUGCUCAAGCAUCCUUUUGUCAAGGACCAACCUAAUGAGAAGCAGACCAGGAUUCAGAUCAAAGACCUCAUUGACAGAAUGAAGAAACACAAGGCUCAGAAAGAGAGAGAAGAAAUGCAAUAUCCAUACUCAGGUAGCGACGAUGAAGUGCCUGAAGCUAAUGCCGGUGGUCAGCCGUCGUCGAUUCUUCACGCUCCCGGAGAGAACACUCUUCGCAAGAACUUCCAAGCCAUCCAAGAGCACAACAAAGCCGUGGCCGCACAUCAGGCCAAUGGAGCCCGAGGUCCUCCACUGCCACAACAACCGGAGAAGAAAGACCGAAGAAGCAGUCGAAAAGAAGAGGUGCCCGAACCUGGCCCGCCCUCCAGACCACCUCUACCCCAGCGCUUGGGAGCUGAAGGAUCGGGUGGUAUCAACCCACCUGGUCCACCACCCCAGAGGCCUCUUCCCCCUCCGCCAGGCCAAUCCGAGCCUCUGAGACGAGAUGAUGGCCGCAAACCCGCAACACCGCCCAAUCGGGACCAAAGAAACUCGAGGCUUCUGGCCCAGCCGCAGCAUUCUCAACACCAGCGCAAACCCGAAGAUCUGGACGUUCUGGCUGCUCAACUAAAUGCACUCGCGUCCAGUCCAAGAAGUCAACGGGCUCCUUCCGAUGUCCAACAACCCAAACGUCAAUCCAGCUCGGGGGCUGGGGAUAGAAAUGGAAACAGCCAACGACCUCUGGUCGAGGAUGACGACAGUAGUGACGAAGACGAGGAUGCCGUUGUUCAAAAAGACGGAACUCUUCAAGUGAAUGACCCAGUGCCGAAGCCACUUCGGGACCUCCAGCGUCGAGCCGGUGGUCCAGGACGACCCCUCCCACCCACUCCGGAUGACGACAAUGACACGGUGCGGCGAAUGCAGCGCAUGGAUUCGUCACCUGGUGGAUUGCAGCAAAGUCGCGGCGGCUUAGCUAGUGGCGGGGUCAUGCCUGAUCUUUUGCCGCAACAGCCCAUGUCCGGUCCCAACACGCCUGUUUCGCGCAUGUCCGAUAGCAAUCUUGCCGAUUUACGAAGUUCUCCCCAUAGUGGGAUGCAAGAAAAGCAAAAAUCGUUCCUUAGCUUUGGUUUUUCUGCCGAAGCCUCGACCAUGGGCGGAGGAGGUGGACCCAUGGGUGCGUCGGCAGGGAGCUCCCCGGGGGCCCCAAAUCGAAGAGAAUCUCAGAUGUCGUCCCACGGUCCCAGUGUCAAUGUCACUCCAUCGGCAGGCCAUGAGUUGACCCAAGACACACCCGAGAUUCGGAAAUACAAGAAGCGCUUCAACUCUGAGAUUCUAUGCGCGGCCCUGUGGGGUGUCAAUCUCUUAAUUGGUACCGAAAAUGGACUGAUGCUGCUGGAUCGAAGUGGCCAAGGCAAGGUCUACCAAUUGAUAUCCCGCCGUCGAUUCCAGCAGAUGGAAGUGCUCGAAGGACAGAAUAUAUUGGUGACCAUUUCGGGCAAGAAGAAUCGAGUCAGAGUGUACUAUCUGUCUUGGUUGAAGUCCAAGAUCCUCCGAACGGAUAACGCCAUCGAGCGUCGUGCGGGAUGGAUCAAUGUGGGCGACCUCCAGGGCGCGGUUCACUUCAAAAUCGUCAAGUAUGAGCGCAUCAAGUUUCUGGUGAUUGCCUUGCGCGAAUCCAUUGAGAUCUACGCCUGGGCCCCCAAACCCUAUCACAAGUUCAUGGCGUUCAAAUCGUUCAGCGAGCUUCAACACAAGCCGUCAUUGGUAGAUCUGACCGUCGAAGAAGGCACCCGUCUUAAGGUGAUCUACGGCUCAUGUACGGGCUUUCAUGCCGUGGAUCUGGACUCAGCCUCGGUCUAUGACGUGUACAUGCCUAAACACGCUCAAGGUCCCAUCAUCCCUCACACCAUUGUCACUCUACCGAAUUCAAACGGAAUGCAGUUGUUGCUAUGCUACGAUAACGAAGGUGUGUACGUCAAUACCUAUGGCAAGGUGUCAAAGAACAUUGUUCUUCAAUGGGGUGAACUACCCACCUCAGUGGCCUACAUCGGUACUGGUCAAAUCAUGGGCUGGGGAAACAAGGCCAUCGAGAUUCGAUCCGUGGAGACGGGCCACUUGGACGGGGUCUUCAUGCACAAGAAAGCUCAAAAGCUCAAGUUCUUGUGCGAGCGCAAUGAUAAGGUGUUCUUCAGCUCUGCCAAGGGUGGAUCAUCUUGCCAAAUCUAUUUCAUGACUCUAAACAAACCGGGAAUGGCUAAUUGGUGAGAGGAGAUCAGGAUUCUUUGGCUACCUUAUGAUUAUGAAUUCAACUGCAACACAUUAUCACCCCGCCUCAUUUUCGUUGUGCAAUACGUUCCACUUCCUGAAUUCCUGAAACUUAUUAUUCUUAGCAACCCUGCCUACCCCCUCUGACCUUGAUCAUUCUUCCAAAUCCUCUUGCUCCACAUCCUCGGCCUCUGUUCUCUUUGAAAGAGAUCGUUGCUCGCGAAAACGUCCUUCAUCCACUGCCUUAUCAUCGCGCUUUUGCCCCUCCUUGCGACUGACUAUUGGAGAGCGACUCGAUUAGUGCAUUGAACCCAAUGAAUCAAUAUGAUCAAACUUGUUAAAAACAAGGCCUCACAGUCCCUCCUGUUUCUUCCCACCUUAACACUACGCCUCAUAUUUUUUUGCAAACAAUGUUAGAAAUCCCUUCAAAAGAAAUAACUCGCUUAAAUGUAUGUCGGUUUUUUCACAUCCUACAUGAUGGUCCUAAUAAUAACAAACAAAGACUUGAUUGAAAAUAUAAGUAACUCCCCAAAAAAUGACCUGCCCUUACUGAGGGCCCUAAAAGAUAGAGGCCAAAUCACAAUGGAACUACCUGCUCGACCCAGGCUGCCACGCCUCAAAUCAUUCAGAGUUCGUCCUCUGGCACUUCCGAAAUGGCGUGAACAUCGCAACUCGUUCAAAGCCAAACAAACUCUUUGAAUCUAGUUGAUCCAAUGCUCGAAGUCUGGUCCCGACUGGAGUAUCCUUCCCAAUUGUGCGAAACACCCCUCGAUUCUAGACCGUUUUUUAGUGCUUUUGUAUGUCCGUCGACUCAAAAUUUCAAGACCUCUUUCUGUGGCAUGAGAACUACCAUGUUUCCCUUGGCUUUGAUAGUGUUUAGUACAAUGCAGUUAUGGCGUUGAUUGCAUUGGGCCGUUUGAUUAUCCACCAUCACUAAUGCUAACACCUUCAUCAAUGUCUACAUUAAUACAACUACUACAGCAUCAACAACAAUACACAUAGUACGUAGCGAAUGAAAUUGUAAUUUUCGACGAUUCCGUAUGAACAAUAAAUCUAUUCCCAAUGAA